CCUUUUCUUAGAUAAAUUAAAUAGAUUUAUUUUGGACAUGUCUAAGAACCCAAGUAUAGAAUAAUAAAGUAAGAGUAUUUUAAUAUUUAGUUGAAAAACCUCUGUAGUAAGAUGAACAAAGUUGUGAAAAAAGUUUGUAUACCAGUAGAUGUUUGACACCUCUUUAAAAUGAAGACCAUUAGUCUCAUUAGUGGGAGUUCACCUACUUUUCAUCUUAAUGAUGGCAAACCUAGAACACAUUGCAGAAUAUUCUCUGAUGGUAAUACACAGGCCAAAGGAUGUCUACUGUCCAUCUGUUCGUGAAGAAGUCCAACCCACAUAAUCACUAGAAGGGUUGGUAAGUUGAGCAAGUAGGUAGGGUGUAUUUAAGUUCACUCUCUUAACCUCAGUCUAAGAGCCUUCUUGCUCUGUAUCCUAAUGAUGACAUCAAACUCUUAGAAAGGAAAGCACUGCUCACCUGAGCCACCUUUCUUAGGAGAGUUGUGUAGCAGUGAUUAAGCUUGGUCUGGAGGGUAUGUGAUAAGCACUCUGCUCAGAUCUGUCAAUUCCAUAUCAGGAAGCAUUCAUUUGUCAGCAAUAAAAAAUAAAAAUAGGUGGUGUGAGCACACAUACUGUAGACUGUGCUUGUCACCAUGUUUACAGUCACUGUUAAAUUCAGUGUUCCUUCCUAAGUCCAACUAUUGAAAUGAAUGUUGAAAUGUUAACUCUCAAGAUUUAGACUUGAGCAAGAACUGAGGUUAUCAAAGCAAAACAAAUUUUAAAAUCCUUGUAGUAGUUCCUCAUGAAAAUUUGAAAUCACAUUCAUUACAGCUUAUGUGAGUCAUUUGAUUUAUAUUAUAAUAUGUUGACUAACAAAUACUAAAUUAGGUUUAUCAAAUAGCUUAAUCACUAUAAAUUGUGAUAACUUUAGGCUUUCUUGCUUUCCUUCCUUCUUCCCCCUUUCUCUUUUUCUUUUUACUUAUUUCUUUUAAUUGUCAUUAACAAAUUUUGAAUUAAAUACCACAAAUGUCUUUGUAACAAAAUAUUUUUUGGAGAAAUUUCUUUAAGUGUUUGUGGUGUGAUGCCAGGAACAUCUGUGUUGCUGUAUCUGGUUUAGAUUUACUUUUUUUUUUAUUCCUGAGCAGUGAAGAAGGAAAAAAACUGGCUGUUGUAGUUGACUACAUAUAUUCCCUAGGACAAGGACUCCAAGCAGGCUGGGUGGGAGUGUCCUGGAAUAUUAUUUAGGUGGGACUGAAAAAGGAGGUGUUGUCCUCUGUUAAAAAGCAUGUUUGAAAUUAGCCCAAUUCCUGUCCAGGGCCAUUUAUUUCCUUCCCUAAGUCUCCAUAAUGGACCUUUAUGCUUCAUUUUCUCUUUGAACGUCCUCUUGGUUCUGGCCCGCAUUUCUCUUCCUUCAGCUGACUGCUGCUUUAAUCCACAGUCUCAGUGAUUUCUUCCAUUUCCCAGUGCUUGAAGCAUUCCCAGACUACUGAGGUUUUCUAAAGGCUUUCACUGCUAAUACCAAAAGAAAAAAAAAAAAAACAAAAAAAAAACAAAGCUCCAUCCUGUGCCACCAUGGGAACUGAACUCUGCUGUACUGGCAUUUGAUCUCCAAAAUGGGAGUAUAGGCUUGAGAAGUAAUGUGAUGGGCUAGAGAGACGUGGAUAGAAGUUAGCAAGCUCCCUGUAUGGAAGAAGGAAAUAGAAUUUUAUUCUUCAUCUGUCUUUCAACUGCCUGUUACCACCACCAGUUUUGCUGUAAUAUGCCCUACCUUGGAGUGCUUGUAUCUGGGGCAGAAGCUACUUGCAGUACUGGCAGUUUUGAUGGAGGAGAGAGGGAAUCAAAGAAAAUGAGGGGAGACAGUCACAGGCAGCUGGCAGGAAAGGAAGAAAACCAAAAAUCAAAGAGGUAAAGGAAUGCCCAAGUGGUAUCAGGAAGCUUCUUUUGACCAUUUUUUAUGUAAGCUGUAGUACUAAAUGGACCACUGCCUGUACAUUUAGAGAAAGACUUACAUAUUGCCAAACUUAAACACUGAUUAUACAGAAAGGAGAUUUUUGUGAUAUUUUAUUCCAAAUUUUAAUUUUUUACUGGUCGUGAUUUUCUUUAUAUUGAAACAAGCACUUUUGUUUUCGUAUUCAUUUCUUUUCCUAGAACCAUAUACUUAAGAGUAUGUGCAAAGAACACUGGAAUGAUAAACUAAGGUUACUGUCCUUGCAUUCUUAUAAGCUGGGGGCCAAAGAUAAAAAAUUUGUGGAGAUGCUCUUUUACAGUGAUUUAAAAACAGGCUGCUGCUUCCCUUCUUGUCAGCACACAGCCAUUAUUCGUAGCAUGAUUGAUAUUCUGUUGCCUAAUUCCCAUCUUUGUGAGAGAAGCUCAUCUUAUCUGAAAGAAAAAUAAAAUGUAAAAUAUGUUUUUCACAGCUUUAUAUUCAUUAUUUUUCCAAUCAAAAGAAAACAAGAGUGUGAUCUUUAUAGGUGGCAUGGUCAUCGUAGUAAAGUUGGUGAUUAAGAGAUGCACUUCAUUUACUCAGCAAGGAUUAGGUCAGCAGAAUUAAGAAGCCAGGGUUUUCUGCAAACCAAGAGAUUUUCCCUAACUUGACAGUGUCCACAGGUAAGGCUGGAUGGACUGCUUUCUACCUUACACUAAACCAAAAUAUGCUGCUUUACCUGUACACCGUGGCAUGCCAAAAUUCAGCACCUGUCUUUGUUGCUGCUCAAAAGCAAAGUAGCAUUUGUUUGUAUAAGAAUUCACAAAGAUAAAGAAAAAGUUGUUAUGAGGAGAUAAACUAUUCUUUUUUUGACUUGACAUUUAUUGUUUAGAACAGAAAUAAAAUGGAAAGGAAGGAGAAGAGAAAAAAGUACCUGGAGAAUGGUUGUAAAUGCUGGAGCUACCACCAGUUAUAAUCAUGUCCAAAUUCUGAAAUAAUGUAGGGAUUUUCUUUAGGUUAACAAGUUUUAAAUUAUGUAAAGUUAGCAAAUGGUUACCAGAAUAGAAUAGAAUGGAAUAGGAAAGAGGAUUUUUAUUCUCAGAUUGAAUCUGAAAAUAUAUAGAAACUCAAGGAAAGUCUGUUCCAAGCCAGUUGUCUUCAUCAUCAUCAUCAUCUAUUUUUUAAAAUAGUGAUUAAUAUAUCACCCAUUUAUUCUAGUACUUUGAUUUUUUGUUUUUUUUGUAAAUCUAAAUCUUCGGAGACGAACCUCUUUUCUGGACUUAGUCGAGUCAGAAUUUAUUUACACAUUAAGCAUGACUUGGGUUGUAUUCAGGAAUUCCCAUUAUUAAGCUUGUUCUCAUUAUGAAUAAGAAUUCAGAAAAAAAUGCUGGAUGCUAGAGUAGGAUCCAUGGCAAAACCUAGGCUUGUACCUAUGGUCAUGAAAGGAGAACUCGCUGUCAGGACUGAAUCAGUGACCUUGAACUCCUUUUGUAAUAUCCAACUUAGUACAUUCCCAAAGUUGGUGUCAAGCCUGGGCCUGUUGCAUUUUGUUGGUUUUUCUUUCCUUUUUUAAAUUAUAGUUUUAGGCCACACUUUACCAAAAUUUCUACUGAGGCACUGCUACUCAUAACCAUAUUUACCUGUCUUUUGUUUACAGAGAUUGAAUUAUGCUGUAGCAGUUGACAGACUGUCUUGGCACAUGACUCUCCUCUAAAUUCCCUGAUUUUAUUAUUUUACAAUACAUAUUAAAUAAUCUUGUUAAGAAAUAAGCAUCUUAAACAGAAAAUACAGUUUCAAAGGGCAGUUAAAUACAGAAGACAACAAUGUGGAAGGUCUGGCGCACCUGAUGAUGGGCGACCAAGGUAAAAGUAAAGGAAAAGAAGAAUAUAUUGCCACGUUCAAGGGAUCUGAAUACUUCUGCUACGACUUGUCUCAAAACCCCAUUCAAAGCAGCAGUGAUGAAAUAACUCUGUCAUUUAAAACCCUUCAGAGGAAUGGACUGAUGCUUCACACUGGGAAAUCAGCUGAUUAUGUCAAUCUUGCCCUGAAAAAUGGAGCUGUCUCUCUGGUCAUUAAUUUGGGAUCAGGGGCCUUUGAAGCACUAGUGGAGCCUGUGAAUGGAAAGUUUAAUGAUAAUGCCUGGCAUGAUGUGAAAGUCACCAGGAAUCUGCGUCAGCACUCAGGCAUUGGACACGCUAUGGUGACAAUAUCAGUGGAUGGGAUUCUUACCACAACGGGCUACACGCAAGAAGAUUAUACCAUGCUGGGGUCUGAUGACUUUUUCUAUGUUGGAGGCAGUCCCAGCACAGCCGACCUUCCAGGGUCACCAGUCAGUAACAACUUUAUGGGCUGUCUCAAAGAGGUUGUGUAUAAAAAUAAUGAUGUGAGGCUGGAAUUAUCUCGACUUGCCAAGCAAGGAGAUCCUAAGAUGAAGAUCCAUGGAGUGGUGGCAUUUAAAUGUGAGAAUGUUGCUACUUUAGACCCAAUCACCUUUGAAACCCCAGAGUCUUUCAUCUCUUUGCCUAAAUGGAAUGCAAAGAAAACAGGCUCCAUAUCAUUUGAUUUCCGUACAACAGAACCAAAUGGCCUCAUCUUAUUUAGCCAUGGCAAGCCAAGACAUCAAAAAGAUGCCAAGCACCCACAGAUGAUAAAGGUGGACUUCUUUGCUAUUGAGAUGCUAGAUGGCCACCUCUACCUCCUCCUGGACAUGGGGUCAGGUACUAUAAAAAUAAAAGCCCUGUUGAAGAAAGUGAAUGAUGGAGAAUGGUAUCAUGUGGAUUUCCAAAGAGAUGGACGGUCAGGUACCAUUUCUGUCAACACAUUGCGUACUCCCUACACUGCUCCUGGUGAGAGUGAGAUUCUGGACCUGGAUGAUGAGUUGUACCUGGGGGGCCUGCCAGAAAAUAAAGCUGGCCUUGUCUUCCCCACCGAGGUGUGGACUGCUCUGCUCAACUAUGGCUACGUGGGCUGCAUCAGGGAUUUGUUCAUCGAUGGCCAAAGCAAAGAUAUCCGGCAAAUGGCUGAAGUUCAAAGUACUGCUGGAGUGAAGCCCUCCUGCUCAAGGGAAACAGCAAAACCGUGCCUUAGCAACCCUUGCAAAAACAAUGGCAUGUGCAGGGAUGGGUGGAACAGAUAUGUCUGUGAUUGUUCCGGAACAGGCUAUCUUGGCAGGUCAUGUGAGAGAGAGGCAACGGUUUUGAGCUAUGAUGGGAGCAUGUUUAUGAAAAUUCAGCUCCCUGUAGUCAUGCACACGGAGGCUGAGGAUGUUUCCUUACGGUUCCGAUCCCAGCGUGCAUAUGGCAUUCUGAUGGCAACCACUUCUAGAGACUCUGCUGACACCCUCCGCCUGGAGCUAGAUGCAGGACGUGUGAAACUGACGGUCAAUCUAGAUUGUAUCAGGAUUAACUGUAAUUCCAGCAAAGGUCCCGAGACUCUUUUUGCCGGCUAUAACCUCAAUGAUAACGAGUGGCACACAGUGCGUGUAGUUCGGCGUGGAAAAAGUUUAAAGUUAACAGUGGAUGACCAACAGGCCAUGACAGGUCAAAUGGCAGGUGAUCAUACUAGGCUGGAGUUCCAUAACAUAGAGACUGGCAUCAUCACAGAACGACGGUAUCUUUCUUCUGUCCCCUCCAACUUCAUUGGACACCUGCAGAGCCUGACAUUUAAUGGAAUGGCAUACAUUGAUCUGUGUAAAAAUGGCGACAUAGAUUACUGUGAGCUCAAUGCCAGAUUUGGCUUCAGGAACAUCAUAGCAGAUCCUGUCACCUUCAAGACCAAAUCGAGCUAUGUUGCCUUAGCUACCUUGCAAGCCUACACUUCUAUGCAUCUUUUUUUCCAGUUCAAGACAACAUCCCUAGAUGGACUAAUUCUAUAUAACAGUGGGGAUGGAAAUGACUUUAUUGUGGUUGAAUUAGUUAAAGGGUACUUACAUUACGUGUUUGAUUUGGGAAAUGGUGCUAACCUCAUCAAAGGAAGCUCAAAUAAACCUCUCAAUGACAAUCAGUGGCACAAUGUGAUGAUAUCAAGGGACACCAGCAACCUCCACACUGUAAAGAUUGACACAAAAAUCACAACGCAAAUCACCGCCGGAGCCAGGAACUUAGACCUCAAGAGUGACUUAUAUAUAGGAGGAGUAGCGAAAGAAACAUACAAAUCCUUACCAAAACUUGUACAUGCCAAAGAAGGCUUUCAAGGCUGCCUGGCAUCAGUUGAUUUAAAUGGACGGCUUCCGGACCUCAUCUCAGAUGCUCUUUUCUGCAAUGGACAGAUCGAGAGAGGAUGUGAAGUUGCAUUGAUGAAAGCUGACUUGCAAGGCCCCAGCACAACCUGCCAAGAGGACUCAUGUUCCAAUCAAGGUGUGUGCUUGCAACAAUGGGAUGGCUUCAGCUGUGACUGUAGUAUGACUUCCUUCAGUGGACCACUCUGCAAUGACCCUGGGACAACAUAUAUCUUUAGCAAAGGUGGUGGACAAAUCACGUAUAAGUGGCCUCCUAAUGACCGACCCAGUACACGAGCAGACAGACUGGCCAUAGGGUUUAGCACUGUUCAGAAAGAAGCUGUAUUGGUGCGAGUGGACAGUUCUUCAGGCUUGGGUGACUACCUAGAACUGCAUAUACACCAGGGAAAAAUUGGAGUUAAGUUUAAUGUUGGGACAGAUGACAUCGCCAUUGAAGAGUCCAAUGCAAUCAUUAAUGAUGGGAAAUACCAUGUAGUUCGUUUCACGAGGAGUGGUGGCAAUGCCACGUUACAGGUGGACAGCUGGCCAGUGAUCGAGCGCUACCCUGCAGGAAACAAUGAUAACGAGCGCCUGGCGAUUGCUAGACAGCGAAUUCCAUAUCGACUUGGUCGAGUAGUUGAUGAAUGGCUACUCGACAAAGGGCGUCAGCUCACAAUCUUCAAUAGCCAAGCAACCAUAAUAAUUGGCGGGAAAGAGCAGGGCCAGCCCUUCCAGGGCCAGCUCUCUGGGCUUUACUACAAUGGCUUGAAAGUUCUGAAUAUGGCAGCCGAAAACGAUGCCAACAUCGCCAUAGUGGGAAAUGUGAGACUGGUUGGUGAAGUGCCUUCCUCUAUGACAACUGAGUCGACAGCCACUGCCAUGCAAUCAGAGAUGUCCACAUCAAUUAUGGAGACUACCACGACCCUGGCUACUAGCACAGCCAGAAGAGGAAAGCCCCCGACAAAAGAACCCAUUAGCCAGACCACAGAUGACAUCCUUGUGGCCUCAGCAGAGUGUCCCAGUGAUGAUGAGGACAUUGACCCCUGUGAGCCGAGCUCAGGUGGGUUAGCCAACCCAACCCGAGCAGGCGGCAGAGAGCCGUACCCAGGCUCAGCAGAAGUGAUCCGGGAGUCCAGCAGCACCACGGGUAUGGUCGUUGGGAUAGUAGCUGCUGCCGCCCUGUGCAUCCUUAUCCUCCUCUAUGCCAUGUACAAGUACAGAAACCGGGAUGAAGGCUCAUACCAUGUGGACGAGAGUCGAAACUACAUCAGUAACUCAGCACAGUCCAAUGGGGCUGUCGUAAAGGAGAAACAACCCAGCAGUGCGAAAAGCGCCAACAAAAAUAAGAAAAACAAGGAUAAAGAGUAUUAUGUCUGAUCCCAAGAUCUUAAAUGGACACUUGUAUAGAAAUAGUCUUCAUUUUAUCUGAGACAUAAUAUAAACUUACUUACUUUCCUUUUUAUGAAGCACAUACAAAAGAAGACAGGGAAUGCAAUCAGGAAGGAAAGACUUUUUAAAAAAUAAAAACAAGUAUCUCAUGCUCUUGUUUCUCAAAAAAGAAAAACAAAAAACAAAAAACAGGGGCCAAUAAAUUCCCUAACAUCCACAGUGUUUUCAUUUACUCUGCUUGUCUUUAUGUUGCUGGAACAUUUCUAAAAGACAGUGAUGACCGCACGCAUUCAUAAAGCAAAGGAGUAUUACAGCAUCAAGGCACAACACAGAAACCAACACAAAACAUAACACAAAAAAGAAGCUACCUAUGAUCCUGGAUUUAGCCAAAGUGCUAGCGCUUUCCUGAGAAGUCAGUUAGUCCAAUUGCCAGAGAAGACUGUCCUUUUGAGUGACUCAACCUGCAAACCUUUAAGAGUUUGCCGCCUGGUGCAACUGGAGCAGUGGUUGGAACUUGCAUUUGAAACAAAGUGCUGGCUUUUUUGAAGACUUGUGUAGGAACACAUUCAAAAAGCCCCUUUCUGGUUGUGAGAGAGGAAAAAAAGUAUGGAGGCCUUAUUUUCAAAAAUGUGAAAUAUAAGGCACAUUUUCACACAAAAUUUCAAAACAAAAACAAGAGGGCAUAGAUGCAAUCAUUGGGAAAUUUUCAUGCACGCUUAUUAUGUUAUUACAUAUGUUUAUAUAAAAUCCAUCUCUGUGUGCUUUCUGGACUGUGAUAAGUGACGUUUUAUAGCCUGUUGUAUAGAAAAUGCAAAAUAUAUCUCUGCUCUUCAGCCAUUUUUGGUAAAUUCAAUGUUAUAAGUGUUGCUAAGUAUAGGGAGUUUUAUGACAUCAGAGCAACAAUUAUUUCAUUUGGUUUUUUUGUUUUGUUUUGUUUUUGUUUUUUUGCCACCAUUAUAAAUUGCCACAAUUACUUACUUUUAUUUUUUAAAGAAAUUACAGUGUAGUGUUUAUUCUAAGGAAGAUAUGUAUGAAUGUAUAUAAAAAGACUCAGCUACUUUUUUUCUUAUAUGUACAGCCUUCAUUCUGUUGCAAUUGAGUUUUAGUACUUGUAUGAAAGGUGUGAAUUAGAAAGUCAAAUAUAUACAUAUGUAUCUUAUAAUCUUUUCUCCCUGAAAUACAUUCCCACAUACAUUCACUAUUUUCACACACACACACACACACACACGAAUCCACAGCAAUCCAUCAGAUGUACUAGAAGAUCCAAACGUGCAUACAGUAGCAAAUAUUUAUUGACAUAUUGAAAAGCAGGAAGGAAGAGGGUUGUGCCAAGGUAUUGAUGACAAAUGGGGUGAUUUGCUUCAUUGAGAUCUUGCUCCCAGGUAACCCCAAGAAGAUUUUAGUCCCUAAUGAUAUGAACCUUUCCUUAUCAAAUAGAAUAUCACUGAUAUACUGCUGCAUGAAUAAGAACCAUUAUGUGGGCAGGUUAUGGAAGCAAAAUUGAUUAAUCUACACCUUAACUCUGGCUGCUGCAAUUGAAAACUUUCUUUCUAAUAAAGUAAUACAUAUAUUCUCUGAAUCUGAUGUGCAUGAUGAACAUUUCUGGAAAGUAAACAUUUUCUCAACUAAGAAAGUAUUUUUCAGUAAUUUUUUAUUCUGUAUUACCCAUUUAAGAAAAUCAUUCUCUGUUAAUUAUUGACUAUGUUUUAACUUUUCUGGUUUUACAUAUAUAUCAUUAAAUAUAGUUUUAGUUUAACACAUUAAGUAGUAGAAAAGUAUAGAUUAUACACUUGUUUUUGCAUAUUAUUCAAUGAUGUUCACAGCAAUAAAUUAUUAAUAUGAGAAGGUAGUGCAAAAGAAAUGCAUUAUUAGAUUGCAAGUUGAUGCUUCAGUAAAAAUUGGUUGCAUUACUUGAAUACCUUCUAAAAGAGCGAUAAUAAAUUUUGUAGAAGAGAAGAAUACCUUUACAAUUAGCUUUAAUCAGCAAAGGCAAAAAAUGCAAAACAUCUUUUGUGAUACUUUAGUUGAUGAAAAAAAGCCAAGAAGUGGCCUGGAUUUCAGAUAUACAGCACCUUAGAAAUAUGUAUAAUUCAUAGCAAAUCACCACUAUCUAUGGUUGCCAAGUAAUUGUUGUGAAAGAAUCUUAAUGGCUUUUUAUGACCCAGACAGUAGAAGGUAUACAAUGAAAAUUUAAUAUCCAUUACUUCUUUUCUAGAUUUUCUUUUUUUUUUAAUUUGCCACGUUAAAGAAUUCAUGAGUCUUUUCUUUUCCCCCGUCUCAUUCAGUCUUACUCAGGGAAAGCCAGUAAAAUAAGAAGGGAAGUGUAAAACUACUAAUUUACAGCUUGAAGGGUUUUUGUUUUGUUUUGUUUUGUUUUGUUUUAAGGUUGCUUUUCUAUUUUAUCUAUUAAGCUUGAACCAGUUUCCAUCUGGAUAGAUUCUAAAAUAUAAUAGAAAAUAAAUUGAAUAAUGGUAAUUUUAAGCAGUAUAUCUAUGAAAUGUGUUGUUUGGGAUUGAUUUCAAUGUUUCUCCCCAGCAUAAAUUUUAAAGUUACAUGCAAUGAUAUAGUUUAUUAUCAGUAAGAUUAUUUCUAAUAUUAUUGGCUUACACAAACUCACUCUAGCAAAACUUAUUUUUUCCUGAAUGGAAAAAGAAAAGAGGGAAACAGAGUUAGAAGGAGAAAAUGACUUGAAUCCCAAGUAUCUUCAUACCAAACAUAUCAGGGUUCCAUGCAUAGUUUGCAGUUGAUUGAGGAUUUCACACUACUUGGCAUAAAUUUGAUUACAUCUCUAGACUGUAACUUUUCGGAUUGAUUAUGCUUCUUUUUUAUCCAUGUAAUGUGUUGCCUUUUUUAAAACAACGAAUACUACAAUAAUGUGUGAAGUGGUCAAUCCCUAAAACAUCAAAGAAAGGCCACAAAACCCUACCCUUCUAGUGCUUUGUGUGAUUGGGUAUCUAAGGGGUUUUCUUCUUCUUUUUUUAUUUGUUUAUUUGUUUUUCUGUUGCAAGGCCAAUUUAUCCAUUAUUGGAAAUGCUAAGCAAGUGGAAUUUACCGUUUUGUUAAUAAAAUAUUUCUUAAUACAA